CGGUGGCUGGCGGGCGGUAGAGGGGGCGGGCUCGGGCCCGGGUUGCAGCGGUUGUAACAGCGGCGAGGGGUAACCCGCGAGCCCGCGAGCGUCGGGGCCGCCGCAGGGGGAGAGCCGCCACGCAGUGAUCGCAGCACCCGCAAGCCUCUGACAUGUCCGACUUCGACAGCAACCCCUUCGCUGACCCGGACCUCAACAACCCCUUCAAGGAUCCUUCUGUUACGCAAGUGACAAGAAAUGUUCCUCCAGGGCUAGAUGAGUACAAUCCUUUCUCCGAUUCAAGAACGCCUCCUCCAGGAAAUGUGAAAAUGCCUAAUGUACCCAGUACUCAGCCAGCAAUAAUGAAACCAACGGAAGAACCACCUGCUUACACACAGAUUGCAAAGGAGCAUGCCUUGGCCCAGGCAGAACUGCUAAAGCGUCAAGAAGAACUGGAAAGAAAAGCAGCUGAACUAGAUCGCAGAGAAAGGGAAAUGCAGAGUCUCAAUCAGCAGGGGGGUAGAAAAAAUAACUGGCCACCUCUUCCUGAGAAUUUUCCAGUAGGUCCUUGUUUCUACCAAGACUUUUCUGUAGACAUUCCUGUAGAAUUCCAGAAGACAGUAAAGAUUAUGUACUAUUUGUGGAUGUUCCAUUCAGUGACACUGUUCCUUAACAUCUUUGGAUGUUUGGCCUGGUUUUAUGUUGAUGCUACUCGAGGGGUUGAUUUUGGAUUGAGUAUUCUCUGGUUCUUGCUUUUUACCCCUUGUUCUUUCGUCUGCUGGUACAGACCACUUUAUGGAGCUUUCAGGAGUGACAGUUCAUUCAGGUUCUUUGUGUUCUUCUUCGUAUAUAUCUGUCAGUUUGCUGUACAUGUACUUCAAGCUGCAGGAUUUCAAAGAUGGGGGAACUGUGGAUGGAUUUCAUCUCUUACUGGUCUUAAUAAGAGUAUUCCUGUUGGCAUUAUGAUGAUAAUCAUAGCUGCACUUUUCACAGCAUCUGCUGUUAUCUCAUUAGUCAUGUUUAAAAAGGUGCACGGCCUGUACCGCACGACUGGUGCCAGCUUUGAGAAGGCGCAGCAGGAGUUUGCGACGGGAGUGAUGUCCAACAAGACUGUGCAGAGCGCCGCAGCCAGUGCCGCCUCCACAGCAGCAACCAGCGCGGCUCAGAACGCCUUCAAGGGCAGCCGCAUUUAGAGAGGCACCACGAGGCACCACCCAUCUCUCCUCUUGUACUUGGUUUUCCAGUCACCACUCUAUUCCCUGAAAGCCUAGAUCAAAAUUCACACAGCAUGUUUAUCUCUUCUGCAGCUGUGCAUGGGUAAAAGGGGAAAUGUUUGGGUUAUUUUAUUACAAAUUUAUUUAUUUUUAAAAAGAUAACCAUUCUUUGCCCUUCUUCAAGAGGCUGCAGUCUAGACUACAAAGGCUUUUAUAUUUUAUGGGGGAUAAACAACAAUUGGCCUGAGAAUGAAUUGUGGUGUAUAAAGGUAUUAAGAAUUCAGAAGGGGGUCUUUUGUGGUUCACUCCAGUUGUUUAACUUCAGUGAAGCACACUGGAUCAGUUAAUUUUCUUUCUAAAAACUGGCUUCCCUGUUUCUACUGUAAGAAGUGGGGUAGGCUGAGAGACGUAGAAAUUUAGGUUUAGCUACUGCUUUUGCAAUUUCAGCAACUGCUAAAGGACAGACAUUAUAAAUUAUUUCCUUGGGUUUUUUUUGGUUUUUUUUUAGGAUAAGUCUUUUGCUAUAAACCUAUAAGUUUGCAUGAAUUCUGUUACCUGAUCCUGUUUAAAUAGUGUUCUGGUCCAGAGUUUACGUGCACCACUUUAUAAUGAUAGCGUUGGUUUGUAUCUAUUUUCAUGGAGUAUUCUCUACCUGUGAGAUAUGACUAUGGUGCAUAAACGUUCUCUGUAGUAGAAUGUGUAACACUGUAAAGUUUAAGGAAGUUAAAAAGAUGGUUUCAGUCCCAGAGUUAAAUGAUUAUAUAUUUUCUACUUUAAAUUUCAGUAUUCAUGUGUUGGGGUAGUAAUUUUGCUGGAAAAUAAACCAAUAUUGACUUAUAGAACCCUAGUUUCUUUCCCACCUUUGUUCUUCUAUGUGCAGUGGUAUUUUUGUUCCAUUUGGGAUUUUUUGGGGGUUGUGAGGUUUUUAGUUUGGUUACGGUUGGUGGUUUUUUGGGUUUUUUUUUGGUUUGGGGUUUUUGUUUUAGUUUGGCUUGUUUGAUUUUUUUUUUUUUUUUUCUGUAAGUGUAGAUUUGUGUUUUACCAGGGGUACUGAACCUUUAGCCUAGUCAGUCACUCUGUUUACUGCUUGUCCAAAGCCCUGAAUUUACAGGUUUUCAUUUCCUAACAGGAAUAUUGUCUGGUAUGCCAAGGUUUUAAGCAAUGGCAUUGAACAGUUACUUGAAUUUAUCUUAACAUUAACUCAGCCGUCUCUGUGAUGUGAUUUAAGCUGGAGGAAAUUUUAGGAGGAAUUUCUUUACUGAAAGGGUUGUCAAGCAUUGGAACAGGCUGCCCAGGGAGGUGGUGGAGUCACCAUCCCUGGAGGUGUUUAAGAGAUGGUUGGAUGUUGCACUGAGGGAAACGGUCUAGUGGUUGAUAGGGUUGGGACAAAGGUUGUACAACUCGAUCUUAAAUGUCUCUUCCAAAUGAAAUGAUUCCAUGAUUCUCUGAAAAAAUCUUUUAAGAUAUUUUAAGCUGGAAAAGCGUGAAGUCUCCAUCUUUAAUAAAAAGUUAAUUUUCAGCUUAUUGAACUGGAGGCCCAGGAGGUUAAAUUGGUGCUGUGGAACCAAACAGUCCAAAAUGGUACAGUAUACUAUCAUAAUUCAGAAUAUAAUCAGGUCUUAGUAUAACAUAAUGUUUCUGCCCUUUGAAGACUUGGAUUCUUGGAUUGCCUCAUGAGUCUUAUGCACAAUACUUGGGUGUUUUUCCAAAUUCUGUUUUAGAAAAUGAGAACAGGACAGACCACAUCCUGCAGUCUGUCUAAGUACAUACAAUGGCUGAAAUGAAUUCAGCUAUUAAGGCGAAUUGCCUUCAGUUAAGACAGCAUUGUUCCAUAAAAUUCCAUAAUCUCAAUGCGGACUGAUUUUCAGAGACUCUUAUUCUCUACACUGUACUCAUGAUAGCAGAAGGGCAUUACAAAAAAUAACCCCCUGUCUUAAUCCCUGGAUCGGUAUUGUACUAUUAGCAUGAAGUCCCUGUUAGUCUCCUUUCUUUUACUCAUUUUUUUACAUACAACUUGAAUGGGGAUAAAUGUUAUAGUUUCAUCUAUGCUGAAGUUCAUAUUAAGGAGUAAUCUUACUUCUAAAUGUUCUCUGCUUCAUAAAAUUAAAAGCAAUUUAAAUAUUCUGUGCAAUAGGGGCUCUAAAAUUUCAUACUAGUGGGCAUUGAACAUAAAUUUGUGUGGUAUGUUAUGAAAAGCUUUCCAGAUAAAAACUACUGCUGAGAUCAGACAUUAUCCUUUUAGCAGCUGUGUAUCAAGGCUAUUAUUUUCAUAUUCUUUUAAACAGAACAUGAAGGUUGAUCUAGGAACUCUAGUAUGAUGGAUUACUUUUAGGUCUAAAUUUUAGCAAUUUUCUUCUCUUUGUAUCUCUUGGAUAGGAAUCCCAGGGACGUCAUCCUUUGCAUUUUAACUUAAGUUGAAGUUUGCAUGAUAACAUUACCAGAAUAUAUCAUGGAAAUAAGCAUUACGAAUAAAACCUGAAUUUGGCCCAGUUAUUUUUACCCAAAUGUUUAAAGGCUCUUUGAGGAAACAUAUUUAAUGUUCUAUGUAUAGAUAGUGUUGAUUUGUAACGUUAUGAGUUUGAGUGUACGGAUGUAAACCUCCAAAGUGAAAUUCAAGGUUCAGUUACACAUAAUUUGUUUAAACUGAAAGUCUCUGGCACUUUGCAGCCCAGAAGAGAGGGAGAAGCUUGAGUUAGCUUCGACAACAGAAGGCUGAUAUUUGUUAAAAUAUUUUGUACUUAAUGAAAACUAGAUUUUACAGUCUCAUGAAGUAAUCAGAGUACAGCACCCACUUUAGUUGUCAUUUUGUAGUAUUGUGGCAAAUGGAGUACAGAGUUUAAACACUGGAAUGUCAGUAGUCAUUGAUCUGUAAUUUUGGAGUUUAUCUGAGGGGAUAUUUGUAUAUUUUGUAAAUUACUAACAAUGCUCAGCCAUCCUGGUGAAUGUCGUGGUUCUGUACAAAUGCACUUCUCCUGUCCCUCUGUUGCAUGUUUGAGUAGUUCAGAAGUUUUGUAUAUUUAUUGUAUUAACACAGUGUCAUAGAAUAAAAAGCCUUUUUUCCUGGGUGUUUGCUCUGUAUAGUUUUGACCAAUUUAGAGCUUUUUUUUCUUCUAAUGUUUGGGUUAACGUGCAGGGUGGAUGAUCUGUGUAAAAGUCUCGUUUGGUUUUUAUAAUUCUGUAUAUAACUGCUGUAAUUCUGAUGAAGUGGGAAAGCAAAAUGUCCACUAUCAAAAGAAUACAUUAAGGGAUUGAGAGUUAAUCUACGCAACUGUUACCAAGAAAAUUCUUAAACACUUGCAGCCCACUUUCUGCUGUAAGCUCAAGAGAGUUAAAGACUAAAUGUAUUCUGUCAUUACGGAAUGAAAUUCUACAGGUAUGGAGUCCUGAAACACUAUUGAAAGUAAAAUUGAGUUGCUGAAAACA